AUUCAUAUCGCAAUUGGGGACACAGAUGUAUUUGGCCGCUACAAAUGGGUAAAGCGAGGGUGUUUUUUCACACGUCUUACCCAAGGAAACAAGCAAGUACGAUUUUGGCAGAUCUGAAACUCGGUCCGUCUCCCACCAAAGUCCAAACACUUGCCACUGCGCUAACUCAAAUGCACAUUAAACUACAGUACAAUCUUUUGUCAUUUCACCUAUUUUCAACAUUACUUUGGUGAUGAACAAAGAAAUAUAAUAUAAUAAUUUAUUUAACCCGGCUGUUAUCACCCAACUAGGUCUACAGUGCAGAAGAUUAGUCAAGUUAUGCAAAUAUUUCUGGCUGAGUUGAAAGAUUAAAAACAGACAUUCCUAUCAUGGAGGUUCUUAGUUAACUUUCUUCGCACACUUUUAACAAGUCUCAUCAAUGCGACUUGUAACGCUCGUCCGCAAUUGGAUCGUACAGUACAGUGUGAUAAUCUUUAGUUAGGAACCACGCCAUAGCGUAGACGCGACGAAUAACAGUGCAAAGGAUAGCCCAUAACAGUCACACGCCAUAGCUUGGGACUUCUAGUGGGAAAUUCUCAUGCAUCGUCUGCUAGGGAUAAUAUUGUACCUACACACAGUUUUGUACUGUUCGUAAUAAGACUUGCCACGAUAUGACGUAGGUUUAACGGAAUUUAGAAAAAAAAUCAAAAUGGUGACAAAAAUCAUCGUAGAUUUUCUUGAAGGAAUUUAUGUUCAUUUUAUGCUGUUGGUUGACAUGAUUGUAGCUAUCGUACUUUUCAUCAUCCCGAAGAAAUCCAAAGACGUUGCGGGUGAGUUUGUCCUGGUUACCGGGUCUGGCAGCGGGAUAGGGAGGCUACUAGCACUAGAAUUUGCCAAACGUGGGGCUACGUUAGUGCUCUGGGAUAUAAAUGAAUCGGCGAUCAAAGACGUUGCCGGUGAAAUCGAAGAACAGGGAGGGGAAGCUUAUACAUACAAGGUUGAUCUAAGUAAGCGAGAAGAAGUCUACAGCAUUGCAGAGAAGGUCAAAAAGGACGUCGGGGAUAUUGACAUUCUGGUGAAUAAUGCUGGAGUCGUUACUGGCAAAAAGUUCAUGGAUUCACCAGAUAAAAUGAUCCAACUUACUAUGGACGUCAACAUCGGUGCUCAUUUCUGGACUAUCAAAUCAUUUCUACCGAGUAUGAUUGAACGAAACCAUGGCCACAUCGUGACAAUCGCAAGUUCCGCUGGACUAUUUGGUACAAAAGGCCUAAUUGAUUAUUGUGCGAGCAAGUUUGCUGCAGUCGGAUUGGACGAGUCCCUACGUUACGAGCUGAUGUUUAUGGGUAAUGAGGGCGUUCAUACAACUGUUGUAUGUCCGUUCUUCAUCAACACCGGUAUGUUCGACGGUGUUAAGACAAGAUUCCCGAGUUUGCUGCCGAUAAUUGAACCAGAAGUUGCCGUUGCAAAGAUCAUGAGUGGGAUCCUGACCAAUGAGAAAGAAGUAUAUGCUCCUGGUAUCAUUCGUGUUCUAGUGAAGUUGCGAGAUAUUCUCCCUGACAGAGCAAAAUGUAGAGUUUUUCAGUUCUUCGGAACAGAUACCUGCAUGGACCACUUCGUCGGACGUACAAAGAAUGAUUGAUUAUGAAUUAAACACCGUUUGAUUACUUAAUUAAUGGUGAAAGAGUGGGAUUUAGGCAAUGUUUGUUUACGUGUGUUAGACCUACAAUAGGCCUAACAUGAGUUUGACCUCUGAUGUUUUGCAUAUAUGUUGUAGGCCUUCUUUGCAUGAUAGCUAGCCCAACCUAUAUGGUAGUGAUAUUUACCAGUGGUCUGGUAACCGAAGUGACGAAUCUAUCAGUUGGCCAAUGUAGGAUAUGUAUAAUGAGUCUCCUACUGUGUUUGGGACCAAAGACUUAUAAUUGCAUUACUUUCAUUGUAUACAUAAAUAUAAUUUCAAGGUAUACGGUAAUUCCUGAAACCAAGUAAUUAUAUUGUCGAUAGCAUGAAAGACGAUUCGAACAUUAUCAUCAAUAAAAAUCAUUUUUUAAAUUUUAUUUUAUUAUUAUUAUUGUUUGUGUUAGGCCCGAGGCCAAGGAUAUGCCAAACAUCGAACUUAAUUACUUCACAAGAUAGACAACAUAAAUAGUCUAUGAGGAGCAAUUCCUGUGAAAGUGACAACCACCAAAUUAUUCAACUCUGCUCCACUGAUGCAGAUUGAAGACAUUUCUUGAAAAUAGAAACUCGCUUGAUUUUGAACUGUAAUCGAUAAUUGCUAGGCCUGUAUUUAUGAUUGAAGCUCUUUAACAUGGAUAACGGGAUGGGCGCAGUAUAAAAUUAGUGCAUGUUAGGCCUAAUUUUAAAUAUAUAGCUUCUGUGUUUAAUAUACUACUGGAAGUCAUUUUAAGCAUUUUCGUAGUAAAUAGUCAAUAGGUUCGAUGUCUUAUUUGAGGUCACUUUAGAGUCUUAGAUAAUCCUUUUAUAAUGAGAAACUCAAUUUGGAAAUUUUCCAGACUUUACCAAACCAAGUCAAGCAGUGUCUCACCUGGAAAAAACAAUCCACAUAUUUAAACGUGAGCCAGGAAAAGGUUUUAAUUUAAAAAAAUAUUUUGAGUCAUUGUGUUAAUACGGUUCAUUUUUUUUUCUUUUGUAGGCCUAUAACAGCAUGGAGGACAAAAUUUGCUCCAUGGUAAUAUGUAGUUAGAAAUCAUUCAUGCGACGAUUUCCAUACUCCCCCAAAUCGCUUGUUGGUGGCGCCGGGAACAGUUAAAUUACCUGGAAUGAUCUCGAACUACUUAGGCGCCGUGCUAAUCCGAUUGAGUUCCUAUUGUUCGCUCUUAGGAAUAGUGGCAAUUCUAGAAUGUAAAAGCGUCAUAUAAUAAUGUUGCACGGCAAUUUCUCAAUUAAAGGUACAGAUAUGCCAACUGUAACAUACGUCGUCUUUUAAUUAUAGAAUAGAAUAUAAUUAUGUAGGCCUACAACUUAAGCAGAAUUUAAACUGUGACCGCUUUUCGGGGUAAACCAAGCUUUUAGAGUAAUUUUCCGGAUAACGAGAAGAAAUAAUGAACAUAUUUUAACACUACGGGCACAUCCGAUUCAAAAUGGUCAGACCAAUCCCUGUUCAAGCCCUUUAAGAGAACAUUCCUAAAAAUAC